CAGCCGGAAAGGAAGAUAACAAUAAAAGAGCAUAUAUAAUCGCGCCUGAACGCACAUUAACCUCGCGGCCUGGCUGGUUGGCUGGCUGGUGCGUCGCCUGUCGAAAUGUAAGCACAAUGAGAGAGAGAAACGAGAAAGUGAAGUACCUUCGAAAGUGAAGUAGCACGCGCGCGUGUACGCCCUGAUAACUUGACAUCUCGACCACGUCCACAGGAUCCCCUCAGGUGGUGAUCCUUUGUACAGAGAAUAUUCUUCUUUAGGGAUAAUUUGGUCGGUCCUGUUUUUGUCUGUUUCGUUUUGAAGGAUCAUGAACAACUCGCCGCAGAAUACAGAGGUGGCCGGGCAACAACACCGAACCGGCGUUGAGAACAGCGACGAGGAGGAAUGGAGUGGUGUCGUGGAAUGUGCUGUGCUGGAAAGAUCAAAGUCAGAUCGAGUAACACGAGCGGAUGAAGAUAGACGUCGUCGCACUAUCAUCGUCGAGAAAAAAAAUGGCACGUACGGUUUCACGUUACAGAGUUAUGGGAUACAUUACAAGAGGGAACAGGAAAUCGAGAUGGUCACGUACGUUGACUAUGUGGAAUAUGAUGGACCAGCGUUCAAAGCAGGUAUGCGAGAGGGUGACGUGAUACUUUCGAUAAAUGGCCACGAAAUGGACAGAGCGGAUCACAAAACAUUGGUCAAUUUUAUAAAGAACUGUGAUACCAGAAUGCGAAUGGUUGUGUCCUUCGAAGACUGCGUAAGAAAGGUGGAACUGCAUAUGCGUUAUAUCGAGUUACAACGUGCUCUCCAAUCACGCUUCGGUGAAUUAGAGAGACUUUGCGAAAGAGAACGGUCUAUUCUCAUGGGUCGAUGGAAAACCCAUUCACUGCCAGCACGCAAGAGAACGCCUAACAGUGUGAUCACGAAUAACCCCAAUCAGCCAUCACCAUCGUCAAGUUUCAAUUCGUCUACGAUUCAAUGUUGUCGGCCAGCUACGUCUACGGAACAUUUGCUACUCUACAACGUGUUUCCGGAUGGACGGCCAUGUUUAGUUCCUCGGAACACUGCUUGCCUAGUAACCGUAGGACCCCCGCGUUCACGAAGUGACCAUCAUCAUUUCCUCUCGAAGAUGUCGAGUGAAUCAGGAGUUUCAUCACGACAUAGUUAUCACCAGGCAAACGGAAUGAACAGUACGCCAGCUAAGUCAAAAUCGCACAAAUCAUGUCAACAACAACAACAGCAGUCUAAUACCAGUGGAGAUCCACUCCCCCUUCAUCCGUCGCCACAAAAUAACUUAUGCGUUGCUUGCAUCUCAAGCGCCAGUCGUCGUAGAGAACAAUCAGACAACGGCAGUUUAGAUGCAUAUGACCUAGCCAGUCCAUGCUGUGAUCCAAAUUGUGUUCCUAGUCGCAGACGUCGAGAAAAACAAAGAAGAGCAAGGAACGAACAGAAUCAUCAUCAGCAACAGCAGCAGCAGCAGCAGCAACAAGUGCAGCAUCUCCACGUGCAACGAGAUCAGUCACAGCAAACGCAACAGCAACAACAACAUAACACGCAUAAUUGUUCUCGUACGUCAGGACAUAGUCUGCAUUCUGUGACUAGUAGUGACAUAUCAACCGCAGCUGAAAGCGUCGCAUCUUGUUCAACAAGCCUAAGCACAGAUACCCUUUAUUGGGAUCCAAAUAUACAUCAACGUCCACCACCGUGCCUUCAAUACGCCAAACCAAAGUCCUGGGACAAUCUGACUACCAAGGCGUUCGGUGGCUAUGGUUUCGGAUAUGGUUAUUUAGAUACAGCUACAAUAAAAACUCAUAGUGCUGAGAGACCAGGAAAGGGUGCACAUGGACGAGCAAAAACGCCGACUGGUACUGUACAAAGGAGAACAAGCAGUAGUACUAUGUAUUCAGGCAACACCAACAGACACUUUCAGCCCACCAAAUCUACCGAAAGUUUGUUAAUACCUCCGCCAUAUCAAGGCGAACUCGAUGCUAGUUUGAGCUGUGAAUGUUUAGACGGGCCAGCACCCCGAUGCAUGCCAGUGAUUCAACUAGAAAAGCACAGUCGACCGGAUGAAGGUGGAUAUAUUAUCAGUACGCAUACUCAAGUUCGACAUCGUAGAUCUAGUCAUUCAGAUGGGAAAUUAAGGGCACUAAAUAAUUCCGAAGUGACACAUCUGUAAAUUAUCUUUUUCAUUGGAAAUUAUAUUCUAAUAAAAAUACUCGCAUAAUCAUAUUAAAUCCUGAAUGACAACGAGGUAUCUAACACGUAUCGUACGUCGAACUUGUUCGCAUUUAAACCUUUAUAUUCAGCUUUAUAUCGUGACAGUUAGUAUUAUAUUGUCGCCGAAUGAUGAAGGA